UUCUACAUGGGUAUCCCGUAAAGAGUUGAACUAGAAUUUUCAAUUACAAAUAUUGUAAGCGUUUACAGUGACAGGAAACAUUUACUCUUACAUUCCGAACUUAAAUGUUUUCAGUGAGGUUGUUUGGUAGUUCAUAGACUUUAUAACGAAAAUGCGAAUUAGCCAUCCACCUGUGGGGCAUCUUUGUUUACAUUUACCGAGCGUAGCUAAGCUAGUUGCUAGUUUGCCAUGCUAACUAGACACUUAACGACAUGUUGAAGAGCUAACUUAGUUGUGAGUGUUCUUUACUUUUCCAAACAUUCACACACGUUGUAAAUGUUGCAACUUAAAGCCAACCUCAUCAAGUCGACAAGUUGUUGAGUAGCUGGAGUAACCAUGUACUCAUCAUCACUCUAAUGUUUGAGAACGAGAGGAGUUUAACCAGAGAUGUGGUCAGUCUGAGGAGUCUGCUUAGACCGACAGAGCUCAGUCUGCACAGUGUGGCUCACAAACUGAGUCAGCCAGGAGGACAUGACCACAGAUGUGAGUGUGAGCAGAAGGGUCCUGAGCGCCUAACCUUAACCGACUUGCAGACACCUGAUGCUCCUCCAUCCCAGUCGGGCUGUGUUUACCAGGAGAGUCCUGUCAGUGGGACGGCUGAGAGAAGUGCUGCUGCUGGCAGUCUCAGCCCACCUUCCCCACACUCUCAAUCUGCCAGCUCAAUAGAGAUGGAGUCUUUUUCUACGAGGAUGAAUGGGGGGGGUGUGCGUCAGGAAAACGCCUGUCUGAGCGUGCAUGAUGAACAAAUGCAGCUCAUCAGCGACCUUGAUGCCAUGCAGUAUGACCUCUCCUCCUCCUCCUCCAGGCCUCAGGGCCGCCUCAGAGGCCCCAGGCUGGGGGUUAAAAGCAGUGUGACAGUCCUGAGUGAGCAGAUUCGUCAGCUUCAAGCAGAGCUGGAGACUCAAGCUGCAGAACUAAAGGCAGCAGAGCUGAGGGCAGACUGCGGUCAGGAGGCAGCCGCUCACAGUGACAUUUUGGUGGCGAGUCUCACGGAGGACGUGAGCGCACUCAGAGAAGAGCUGGACACCAAGACCUCUCUGUGCAGACGGGCUGAGCAACAAAGGAACCAAGCACUUCAAAAUGCAGAGAAACUCCAAGAAGCCUUCAAAGAGUAUAAGGCUACUGUUUCCGUUAAACUUCAGAGGGUGAUGGAGAGUGAGAGCAAACUGAAAGAGAGUCUUACUGAGUGUGACAGAGAGAAAGAGGAGCUGGAGGUGAAGUGCACUCUGCUGGAGAGGGUAAAGGUCGAACAGGGUCAGACAAUCUGCCAGCUGACGGAGGAGGCGCGGCAGGCCAGGUCUGCGGCUGCUGGCCUGCAGGCUCAGCUGGAGGAGGCCGGACGAAAGGCCUUACAGCUGGAAAGGCAGCUUACGGAGCGGGGCGCUGAGUUCAGGGAGCUGGCCUCUCUGCGAAAGGAUCUGGAAACCCUGCGAACUCUGACCCAGAGGCAGGAGCAGAGCCUGGCCCAGAGCCAGAGAGAGGCCCAGCAGAGUCAGGCAGAGCUGGCCGGCCUGGAGGCCACACUGAACGUGCUGCAUCUACGAGAGGGUGCUGUGGGGACGCUGUGUGUCAGGCCCUGCAUGCUUCCCCCAGUGGACUAUUCAGGAACUGCACACCUACUGAAUCUAAAGCCAGGUGAAGGUUACCAGCAGCUGCUGCGAGUGCUGCAGGCGAUGGAGUCUGAGCGGAGCAGACAGAGCAGCCUGGCGGAGCGGCUGCAGGAGCGUCUGAGCAGAUCCCAGGAGGAGGUCUCCUCCCUGCAGAGCUCCAUAGCCCAGAGAGUCUGCCACUACCAGAGCCUCCACACAGAGCUGUUGGACAAAGUCAGCCAGACCACCGACAGAGAGAAGGAGCUGAAAAGAAAAAGUGCACGUGUGGCUGCGCUGGAGAAACAGCUACAGGAGAAAACCGCUGCCUACAGCCAGGCUGCCCUGACCAACACUGAGCUGGAGACUCAGCUACUGGAGAAAACGGGCACUGUUCAGCAUUACCAGUCAAUGAUGAGUAGAAAGCAGAGGGAGUACCAGCAGUCUUUGGAGCAGUGUAAAAACUCUCAUUCGCAACAACUGACGGAGCAUCAGCACAGAAUAGAAAUGCUGCAGCUGUGUGUGGAGGAGGCUCAGUCUCGGUUGUUGGAGAUGGGGCAGAAUCUAAGCUCGGUCCAGAAGGAGAGAGACGAGGCUCAGGAAGUUGCUCUCCUGCUGCAGAGCUCCGUGGAACAACUCACACAGCAGAGGCAGGAUGAAGUGCAACACAACGAGGAGCUGCUGAAGAGUUUCGAGGAGCAGGCGACUCAGUCUGCCACCAAGGCGCGUGAACUGCAGACGUCUCUAUCAGAGUGCAGAGAAGAGCUGAGCUUCUACCUGCAGCAGAUGGAGGAGGUGAAGAAGAGCUAUGAGAGUGAGCUGCAGAAGAACAAAGACAAGGUGUCCUCCCUGCAGGAGAAGCUGCACAGCACCACCCUGGUGUGCCAGAGCUCUGGAGAGCAGAACCUGCAGCUGCAGCUCUCUCUGCAGCAGCAGCAGACCAUGCUGACAGAGAGCUCUGCUCACAUCUCUGAGCUGGAGGAGAGUCAGAGCCAGCUACAGAAACAGGUGUCCACCCUGGAGCAGCAACUGGAGCGAGCCCGGGCCGCUCUGCAGGGCGAGGCGAGGAGUAGGGAGCAGGACACCCAGCACAGGGAGGAGGAGCUGCAGAAGGUCAGCCAGCAGAACACACAGCUGUUGGAGUGUGUCGGCCAUCUGAAAUCAGAGAUGGUCAAGUGUCGAGGGGAGCUGGAUUCUAAAGAUUCGGAGCUGCAGCGCCUGCGGAGGGAUGUCACCGUCAAGGCUUCUCAGAUCAGCUGCAUGGACGAGAGCCUGCAGCAGCUGAGGAGCCAGCUCAACAGCAAGAGUGACACGGUGAUGGAUCUGGAGGAGAAGCUGCACCGCUGUGAGGCCAACCGGAACAACGUCUCCCAGCGACUGCAGGUCCUGGAGGGGCAGCUGCAGGCGGUACGCGCAGAGCUGAGCGAGACUCUGGAGCAGCUACGGGAACUCCGAGACGUCCUGCAAAGAACCCAGACUACCGCAGACGAGCGGCAAGCCUCGGUGGAAAAACUGACUAUCCAACUUAGUGAGACCCAGAGGGAGCUGGAGGAGAGGACUCAUGAGGUCUUAGACAUGGACAAUGCACUGAAGGAGAGACAGGGGGAGCUCCAACAGAGAGCACAGCUGCUGGGUCACCUGGAAGUGACCAUUAGGGAGCACAAGCAGGAGAUGGAGAGGAAGGUGGAGUCACUGCAGCAGAACCUGGAGGCCAGAGAGAAAGAGCUGAGGGACACACAGAGGGAGCUCACACAAAGAAACAUGAAGGAAUCCCAGGAGCGUGAUCAGCAGCUGCGUGUGUGUCAGCAAAAGCUUCACACGGUACAGCAACAACUUGAGGAAGCUGAACGUCGCUGUGAGGAUUUAUCCAGAGAGCUGCACGCCACCAAGCUGCAGAACACAGAGAAGGAGGUCCGGCUGUGUGAGCUGGAGGAGGAGCUGGCUCUGAAGCUGCAGCUGGAGGCCGGGCUGCAGAGCAUGGUCACCUCUUUAGAGCAGGAGCUGGAGCAGGAGAGGGAGCAGCACAGCAAGGAGCUGGAGUCCCUGCAGCAGAAUCGAGGUCAGCUCCUCAAAGUCUCCGAGCAGAUCUCCUCCACUAUGCUAUCCUCUCAGGAGCAGCUCGCCUCUAAACUCCAGCAGAGCCAGAACCAACUGGAGCAAACCAAAACGAAGCUGGACCAAACCAAAGACGAGCUGGAUCGCGCCCGGAGCCAAGCCGGUCUCCUCCAAACCCAGAGAGGCCUGGCUGAGACGCAGCUCCAUCAGAGUGCAGCUCAGCUGGAGCAGAGCAGGGUUCUGUACGAGCAGACCCGGGCCCAGAACACUCAGCUCCACAACCAGCUGGAGCAGCUCAGCGCCCAGUUACAGCACACCAGAGUCCAGCUGCAGGCCUCCAGGAGGAACAUGGAGACCUCUGACGAGUCUCUGCUCAUCAAGGAGUCGGAGGUGACCCGUCUCCAGGCCAGGAUUUCCAGCCUGGAUCGAGCUGCUGAGCGGCAGCAUCACCUGUACAGUCACACCCUCUCCCUCCCCGCUCUGCACACAUUCACACACUCUUCAGAGAACUCCUCCCCUCCUUGCUCCCCCCAUAAGCCUCAAGCAACCCUCCCCUCUCCUCAGCACGGUCACUCACCUCAACCUCGCUUAUCACCCCCGCCUCACACCUACCUUCCUCCAGCCUCCGCCCCUCGUCUCUUCAACCAAUCCUGCAACUGGCUGAGCAACAGUGUGGACUCCUCUCUGGAUCUCCCCUUGAGCCUGAAGGAAACACUGAAGGAGGCUCUGAGCAAGCAUCCGUGGGAGUCCCCCCCCUCCGUCUCCUCUUUCCCUGACACAGUGGACCACAGCUGGCAGGGUCUCAGCGCCGUGGAGACUACAGCUACUUCUGACCUCUCCUUCAACCCUCUUACAUACAUGCAAGAACACAGAAACAUGGAAGAUACCUCCAUGCAGCUGGGAGACGAGGAGCUGAUCAGUGAGUCCAGGAGGGAGUCUGUGAACACGCUGGUGGGGGAGGAGGUGGAGAUGGACAUGAGUUCACUGACAGGGAUGCUGAGGUUUGUUAACAAGACGUUAGCCAUGCAGGAGGACGCGUCUUUAUGGAGCUCAACAGGGCCGUCACAGAGUGGACGCAGCCUCGCACUGCAGAGGAAAGUCAAGGAGACAUGAAGCUGUGCUGCCAAGAACACGUCAGAGAGAAAGUCUGUUCACACUGCGGUGUCAGUGUACAUGUAAUUAACAUCUCAUUUAAUCUGUCCUGAUGGCGUUAAUCUGUCAAACAUUGAGUUAAGAUGACUACUAUUUAGUCUGUAAAUGAUCUACUGUGAUGUUCCGUACAGUAUGAAUGUAGCAUUUCAUUUUCUAUCUUUUUCUAACUGAUAUUUAUAUAUUUUUUUCACAAUUUUAAAUAAACUAAGUGAAUAAAAAGUA